AUGCCUCUCCAUCCAGCCGCUUUCCUGGGUGUCGCCGUGGUCCUUGCGGGUUCGCUCAUCAUUUACCAGGAGUGGGAUGAAGUCGUGGAUCUUGCAGAGCGAAAGUUCGGCAUUCGUUUGCCGCGUAAACGUGAACGGAACUUGCACGCUGCGUUUUCGUCUGGCCACGGGAGGGCAGGGCGCCGCGCCCAAGAGGAGCAGGAGGAGCCUGUCGCUUGGGGUACGGAGAGUGGUAGAGAUGUCUUUGUAAGUGAGCAUGAGCUGCAAGAACGACGUCGUCAGGCAAGUAGGAGGAGUGGAGUGCAGAGCUCGACAGAUGGCGGGUCGGUGUACUUGACGGCGCCAAACACUCUGCGGCGCCACAUCGCCAGUCCUAUUGAAAAGGAUAGUUCGGAUUGUACGACUUCAUCCACCAUCACUUCGACACCGGGAACGCCUAAGCCCGCUGCUGAUGCACACUUAAUCGACUUGAACACAGAGGGGUUGCGCGUCGAUAACCCCUUCAGCGACGAACAUGCCUCAAAUUUGGUUCUCCCAGUCCAUCAAGCAGAGUCUUCCACGCAUGAGUUGGGAAACCUAUCAAGUGAAACUCCGGAGGAAUCGCCUGAGCUUGUUCUCACGCCCAGUUCCUCCUCCCCUCUCGCCUCUCUUCACUCCCCGGGCCUCACCUCCCCCACCUGGACGGCCUCCUUCAGUUCCGGGACUGCGAGUCCUGAGCUUGUCAUGGCUCCCUCACACCACGAUAUCCGUGCUGUUAGUUCUGCUUCGGAGGACGAAGGUGAGGAGGAGGAGGGGACGAGGAGUUUGGCUUCGUCGACAAGUGAAUGGUGUGAGAUUGAUGAGAGUACGAGUUCCACAGGAAGUUUGACGAGGAGUUUUCAGGGGAGUUUGUGA